UGCUUGGAGGCAGCGGAGGAUGUCUGGCUGAGGCUUGGGCCUACAGAGUCUCGACUGUGGACCGCAACCGAACAGAAGAGAUGGUAAAAAAGGUGAAAGGCAGAGGGGAUGCACAGUCCAUCACUGUUUCAGCUGUACGUGCGAUGUGUAUGUGAAUGGAAGGUAAACGUUUCUGCGUGUGAGGAAAUAAAAUCUGUACCCUUUCCCUCUGCGUGGGGUUCACAUUUGCCUCGCUGCCAUCCUGUAGAUUUAAUCGUCGACGGCAUCAUCUGCAGCAUACCGCCAUUAUCAUCAUUUUUCCUUUCUCCAUUCUUCAAGACUGUCAGCUCAAUGCCCCAGCACUGUUCAUCCAAUAAAAUUAGUAUUUCUUCUUUCUGUCUGUACUUAAGGGCUCUGAUUGGGGAUGAGUGUUGGUUAGCUUAAUAGCCUCUUCUUUGAAAAGGAAGGUCUUCAAGCGUAUCGACUCAUGGCAGAAAGCAGAAAGCACAGAAAGCCAGCAAGGAGGGCGCACUCGGGCCUUGACAGAACCCACAAACCAUUCUCUUCCUCUCUGCAGAGGCCGCCUUCUUGGUCGGUCCUAAGGGAUCUGCUUACUUGCACGCACCUGGAGUCAGCCGGUGACAAACGCAGGAAGUACAAGAAGAUUGGUUGCUCUGGUUCUCUCUGUAAUCUCAGGGACAACACUCGGGUGAUGCAAAGGCCGGAGAUCACGGCCGACGCUGUGAAGAAAUGCAUACACAGCAAGAACGAUGUGAUCGUGAAUGUCGGUGGCUUUAGAAGGCCUCUUAAGUCCUGCCCCAGUGAGGUUAGGAGCGUCAGCAGCGGCAGCGUUAGCAGCAAAGCUUUCUCUUGCUCCUCUAAUUCGUCCACAUUUAAUGGUGGAAGCUUGAGAGCAGCCCAAUUGAAGCGGCUUUCUGGUUGCUACGAGUGCCAUGCUGUGGUCGAUCCUCUCAGUGGGAUGUCAAGAUUUGCGUCCCCCAGAGGUACUAGUAUCAAUGCCUGCGGUCACUGCGGUGAGAUGUUUGCAAAAGCUGAUACGUUGGAGCUUCAUCUGUCCACCAAACACGCUGUAUCUGAACUUGGGCCAGAUGACUCGAGCAGAAAUAUAGUCGAGAUCAUAUUUCAAUCAAGUUGGUUGAAAAAGGAAAGCCCGGUGUGCAAGAUUGACAGGAUCCUGAAGGUUCACAACAGUCAGAAGACCAUUAACAAGUUUGAAGAUUAUAGGGAUUCAGUGAAGGCAAAGGCGAACAAGCUCACUAAGAAGCACGCCAGAUGCAUAGCAGACGGCAAUGAACUACUCAGGUUCCAUUGCACCACGUUCAUCUGUUCAAUUGGUCUUAAUGGAACAUCUACUCUCUGUAACUCAAUUGCCGAUUGCAAUGUAUGUAAUAUCAUUAAGAAUGGUUUCAAGAUCGAAGGAACUGGAGGGAUUUGCACCACUGCUAGUAGUGGCAAAGCUCAUGAUUCCAUGAAAACCAGAUCAAAUGAGAAGAGGGCCAUGUUGGUCUGCCGAGUAAUCGCUGGGAGAAUCAAGAAGAACCAUGAUGCCAUCGAGGAGCUAACCUCCUGUAGUGGGUAUGACUCGGUUGCAGGUCACUCCGGGACAUACUCAAGUUUAGAUGAGCUUUACGUGUUUAAUGCAAGGGCUAUAUUACCCUGCUUUGUUGUGAUCUAUAGAGCUUUGGACUAGCUUGAAUGGGAACGGUUUGGAUGAAGUGUAAAAAUUAACCCUACCUCAUGCCAAUUUUCAUACUGGUAUUUAUUCAUCAUGUAAUUUCUCCUCUAGAUGCUGGAUGAAAAUCUGUACCAAAUUCAAGCUUGUCAAUUGGAUUUUGCAGUUUCUCUUUUC